UGAUAGCACCAGUGCAUCUUCAAACCCUGGACGCUCGGACUAAAACCGGUCGUCCAUCCAUGGCCGCGCCCGCGCCGCGCGCCGUGCGCCCCGGACCCCGCGCCCCGCGCCCCCGGGCAGGACAUUCUCGCACCGACCGCGCUACACGAAACACGACGGCCCGCGUCCGUCCCGCUCGCGAUAUAGACUGUACGCGCCGCGCUCUGAUUUGAUUGUAACGGUCAAUUUAUUGUUAUUAAUAUAUUUUUAUAAAAGUUAUACAGUCCGCUCAUUUAUCUCCAGUAGCUAGACCAACAUAUGGUCCUUAAACGCCGUUGAAAUUGACAGUGGACCGUUACAAGCGCGAUUUAAAAUAUCACCGUUAUAUCGCGCCCGUCGUACUGCAACUUAUAACGACGGAUCUACGAGUGAAGGUCGCAGCUCGUCGUGAAAAGUACAUCUUCAAUUCGUCAUCUACAACCGCCCGUCUUAAGUUGUCUUCGUGAUUGCUACACAAAACUGAGGUCUUCGCCGUGUUCAUCAUAACUUCGAAGUGCACGGCCCCUGCAGCGCAGCAUUAUCUACGAACUACGUGCAAUAAAAACAACAACACCGGGUGUACAUCGAAUGCAAAUAUACAUACAUCAAUCAUCAAGAGAAAUCGUCGGGAUUGGAGCUCACUACCUACCGGCCUACAUUUACGGAUAGCAUAACUGUGAGAUCAUUCCAUUAUUCCCCUUACUUUGGUUUGCAUUCCCAUAGUAAUUAAAUUAACAUUUAAAAUCAUUCCAGUAAAGUUAAUAGUCUAUUUAAAAUUGCUUCUAUCAUAUUUGCAUAUCUAAAGUUAUCAUUUUCAAUCUUACAAAGCUUUAUUUCGUGUUUACAUCUUAAUUAUCUUCAUUUAAUAAAAGUCAAUUUCAUUAAAGAGUAAAAUUAAAUCAUAAAUAAAUUUCAUAGCAAAAAGUGGGUUGGUCGAGAUAAGCGUUUUAGUGCCACGAAUUUUUUCAUAGCAAUAUCACAAUUUCCUAAACGUAGUAUAAAUUUUAGCGCCUGCAAAAAGUUAAUAACAAAGUUGAGUUUAGCGUUGCUAUUUAAAAUUCUUUGGCAACACAAUUAAUGCUUAGUACAUUCAUACUUAGUAAAAUUUUAGUCUUGAAUUGCAUUUUUUUUCUUUUUUAAUUUUUUUUUCAAAACAUUAAUUGCAAAAUGGCUACAGAAGCGCGCAUCAAAGAAUUAAUUAAAAAACGUGGAACGCUUAAAGCUAAGCUUACGCAAUUUUCUGCAUAUUUGGCUACGGCAAAAUCUUGUAAUCAAUUAAGUGAGCCACAAUUGGUCGAAUUAGACCUACGCAUAAAUAAAAUAGAUGCUUUAUAUGAGCCAUAUGACACGUUUCAGAGCGAGUUGGAGCAGCUAGUGGAGGACCCGAGCGAGCUGUAUACCGAUCGAGAGCAGUUUGAAGGGACUUACUACCACGAGCUCGCCAUCGCGCGCGAACUUUUGGAGCGUCAUCGUAGUCAGCGCGCUAAGGAUAACGCCAGCGCCAGGUCGGAGCUCUGGUGAAGGUCAGUGAUAGCAAGGGUCAAUUCCACACAGUUAGGAUCAUGCUUGACAAUUGCAGCACUGCAAAUUACAUUUCGCAGAGUUUGGCUAGUGAACUGUCAUUGACAACACGUCCUGUAAUUUCUAACACUUCUGGCUUAGAAGACCAAGAGACAAAAAGUGUCCAAGCUUGCUCUCUUCAUAUGGAGUCUCGCGAUGGAACUUUUAAGACAGACAUUGAUUGUUACAUAUUAUCUAAGGUCACACGACCCAUACCUGAUCAAUUUUUGAACGUUCAGGAAGUACCUAUACCUUCAGGACUUUGUUUAGCUGACCCCUCUUAUUAUGAACCGUCUUCAAUAAACCUUCUGGUAGGUGCCCCAGUCUUUUGGGCUGUUAUUGGUUCAGGGCGUAUAGAUCUUGGUAAACAAAAUCCACUUCUUGCUGAAACCAAACUCGGCUGGCUCGUCGUGGGCUCUUUGCAUCAGCCAACCCGUAACAAACCUCAUAAUCCUGUUUGUUUCUUUCUUAAUGACCAACAAACAGGCAUAGAUCUAUCUCCAUUUUGGGAGCUUGACACAAUACCUUCGAAACAUAAUCUCACCGUAGACGAAAAUACAUGUGAGCAAAUCUUCACUACUACAACAAAACGCGAUGAAGAGGGACGCUUUGUAGUCACGUUGCCGUUGAAGGAGUCUCCAGACGUAUUGGGGAGCUCAUUUGAACUGGCUCGACGCAGGUUCCUUUCCUUAGAGCGAAAGUUUGAUCGGGAUCCCUUAUUCAGAGACCGAUACAUUGACUUUAUGACUGAAUAUGAAACCUUAGGUCACAUGAGUGAAAGCUUUCAUGACACUUCGCGACAAUCAUACUUCUUGCCACAUCAUGGCAUAUUGAGAGAUAGCACCACUACCAAGCUAAGGGCGGUUUUUGACGCGUCUGCUGCCACCACGUCUGGAAAGUCCUUGAACGACAUCCAGCUGGUUGGACCUAGGAUCCAAGAUGAUUUAUUCGCUAUCCUACUUAGAUUCCGUCAACAUAGGUUUGUAGUGUCUGCGGACAUAGAAAAAAUGUACCGACAAAUUCUGGUCGACGAAGAUCAACGGUCUCUUCAAAAAAUUCUUUGGCGGUCUAGCCCCUCGCAACCUAUAAAAAUUUUCACGCUUAAUACUGUGACCUAUGGUACAGCGUCAGCGCCCUAUCUUAGCACACGCUGUCUUCUCCAAUUGGCGCAGGACUCUUUAGAUAAGCAAACGCACGAUGCAAUAUCAAAGGACUUUUACGUAGACGACUUCUUGUCAGGGUCACAGUCAAUUGCUGAUACCGUGUCUUUAUGUCAAAAGGUCAUAGACACUCUUCGCUCAGCGAAAUUCAAUCUUCGUAAGUGGCAAUCAAAUAACGAAAAUAUUUUGAAGCAAAUCAAUAAUAAUGAGACUUCUCUCAAUCAUACCGUUAACUUAAGUGAAAAAGAAUUGUCAAAAACACUUGGCAUUAACUGGCAUAGUGCCCUAGAUACGUUGACCUUUAAAAUAAACAUUACAGUUCCGUCAGUAGUUACCAAACGCACUAUAUUGUCAGCCAUAGCGCAGGUGUUUGACCCUCUUGGUUUAGUUACACCUUGCAUUGUAGAAGCUAAAAUUUUGAUGCAAAAAUUAUGGGUAGACAAAAUUAAUUGGGAUCAGCCUCUUUCGGGUAGACUACUUACAGCAUGGAAUAAUUUUGCUAAAACACUACCUAGCCUAAAUGGUGUAAAUAUACCAAGAUGGAUAUUAGGUGAUUCAGCUACUUUGAUUGAAUUUCACGUGUUUACGGACGCUUCAGAAAAGGCAUAUGGAGCUUGCCUUUACGUCCGCUCCGUGGCUGGGGAUGGCUCUGUGUGUGUGCGUCUUCUGGCCUCCAAGAGCAAAAUUGCACCUAUCAAGGCCACGACCAUUCCUCGACUCGAACUUUGUGCAGCAUUGUUAGGGGUAAGACUGUGUGCAAAAGUCCUGGAGUCGCUGACCUUGAAACCAGAACGUUGCACAUUUUGGUGCGACUCCAUGAUUGUUCUUGGAUGGUUAAAAUCUUCUCCGGCUCUUCUACGACCGUUCGUAAAAAACCGUAUCUCCGAAAUACAAGACAGCUUUCAAGCAGAAUGUUGGCGUUACGUGCCUUCUAAGGAUAAUUCUGCUGAUCUCGUGUCUCGGGGUCUUAAUGCGGAACUUAUACAAACCUCUUCUUUGUGGUGGUCAGGGCCAUCAUUUCUAUCCUUUGAUCCUUCACAAUGGCCGACCGCACCUGGUUCUGAAAGUGAAAUCCCAUUACCAGAGACUAUAACACAAAAUAAAUCAUUCGUCAUCACUUCCCACAAUUCAGAUGACGCCAAUAUCAUUCAGACAUUGAUCAAUAAUCGCUCAGAUUAUGCAAAAAUACAGCGGGUAAUUGCCUACAUACAACGAUUCACUUACAAUUGUCGUAAUACUAGUAAUAAAAGACAAGGUUACCUUACCACCUCUGAAUUAUCUGCUGCGUCAACUUUAAUCCUUCGAGUGUCUCAGCAAACUGCAUUUCCUGAAGACUAUGAACUGCUAAAAUUGGGGAAGGAGUUACCUAAGCAAAGCAGACUAAAAUCAUUGUCUCCAUUUUACGACGCUGGCCUUAUCAGGGUCGGUGGUCGACUUCUUAAUUCAUUUUACGAUUACGGUGUUAAGCACCCAAUAAUUGUUUGUUGUAAACAACCUAUAAUCAAGAUUCUUGUUAGAAUGUUGCAUCUUCGCGCCCUCCAUGCAGGUCCUCAAUUACUUAUGUCCAUCUUACGUCAAAAUUACUGGACACUUGGGGGUCGCAACUUAGUAAAGCAAACAGUGCGAAAAUGUAUCCGCUGCAUUAGACUCAAAGCAGAAACCAUUCAACCUGUAAUGGGCAACUUACCAAAGGAGCGGUUACAUCUAGAAUUUCCAUUCAUAGAAACAGGUACUGACUACGCAGGACCUAUUUUGAUAGCCGAUCGCAAGGGUAGAGGCUGCAGACUUAUAAAGGCAUACAUCUGCAUUUUCGUUUGCUUAGCAACACGGGCACUUCAUUUGGAGCUUGUCUCUGACCUUACUAAGGAAGCUUUUAUUGCAGCACUCGAUCGGUUUACAGCUCGUCGAGGGAAGCCGAGAACCAUAUUUUCGGAUAAUGGCACUACCUUUGUUGGCGCCGCCAACGAGCUCGCUCAUGUGUUGAACCAAGAUUUAGCUAAGGAUAGAGUUGCUGAAGGUAUUAACUUUUCAUUUAUUCCCGCUUACACCCCCCAUUUCGGCGGCUUAUGGGAGUCUGCCGUCAAAUCCGUAAAGCAUCAUUUACGGCGAGUGUUAGGCCUUACGCAUCUUACCUUCGAAGAAAUGACCACAUGCCUUAGCCAGGUCGAAGCAAUUUUAAAUUCACGACCGCUUACACCUCUUUCCGACGACCCCUCUGACCUUGCACCCCUCACUCCAUCACAUUUCCUUAUUGGGAGAUCUCUCACGUCUGUGCCACAUCGACAAGUCUCCAGCCAGAACAUCUCAAGUCUCCAAAGGUUCCACCGGAUUGAGGUUCUCAGACAGCACUUUUGGAAUCGUUUCUCAACCGAGUAUAUCGUCAACCUUCAACAGAGGACCAAGUGGCGUAGUUCCAGAGGAAGACUUGAAGUAGGAACCAUGGUGGUAGUGAAGGAGAACAACCAGCCGCCUCUUAUGUGGCUAAUGGGCCGUAUCGUCAAUGUGCUACCUGGGAAAGAUGGAGUCGCCAGAGUAGCAGACAUCAAAACAAAGAAGGGAAUCAUACGUCGUGCCUUUAAUACGAUAUGCCCUCUUCCAAUCCACAGUCUUGAAGACAAUGGGUCUUCAACGCCGGGAGUAUAUGGUGCUGAUAGCACCAGUGCAUCUUCAAACCCUGGACGCUCGGACUAAAACCGGUCGUCCAUCCAUGGCCGCGCCCGCGCCGCGCGCCGUGCGCCCCGGACCCCGCGCCCCGCGCCCCCGGGCAGGACAUUCUCGCACCGACCGCGCUACACGAAACACGACGGCCCGCG